GAAUGACAUGAACCAUGGGGGACACAAACUUGAGGAGGGUGAGUCCGUGAACAUUUUGCGGAAAAAACUUGGACAGGUCUCUUUAUCUUUUGGUGAUGUCACUCUAAAGGGCGAGGACAACCAAAAAAGUCCCGUGGAGUCUGACUCUGAAAGCGAACCCUCUGAGGAGGAAGUGAGCGAUGAGGAAUCCUCAGAGGAGGCGGAGGACUUUGAUUGCUUGUGCUUGCACCGGCUUCACUUUGCGAAGUCGAAAGGCAGUCGAGUGAAGCCAGUGAUGAUGGAGACCUGCUCAUCUGCACAGAAACUUGCAGAACGAGCAGCCUAUGACCUCAAGGUCAGAAGUGACCUGGUAGGCUGCCAGAGAGUGCAUUCUGUUAUUAAGAAAUCCGAGAUGGAGAUUAGCGGUGAUGGCCUCUCGUGCACUGUGCAGCUUCUGCGCGCAGAUGUAGCUUUCUCGGACCUUGGCGCUGGAUUUGCGGAGGACCUUGCCAUUGUGGCAUUAGUUCCUACGGGUGAAAAGGGGCCGGAAUGGUGCUCAUUAGUCGAGAGGCAAAGAAAAUCUGCAGAAGGAGUGGAAGGUUGGGUAUUUACGUGUCCCCAGUGCGAUGUGUCCGGCUUCUUGGACAAGAUAGGUUACGCAGGUGGGAUUCGUUCAGGCCUUAUGAAAAAGUACCACAUCAACCUGCAGGGUAAACAAGGCCUUGGUGCCUUUGGCUUUGUUGCAUGCGCAGUGGAGAUCAGGACGGACAAAAUUGUGGCCGUGAAAAACUUGAAACUGCAGGUCAAUCCUGUCUCCAUUUUCAAAGAGGCUGACAUGCUUCGAGCUGGGCAAGGCCAUCCAAACAUCGUACGCUUCUUGGGGCUUUGGGCCGAUCCAACCACACUGGAGUCCAAGAGCGGUUUGCAAUGGUACAUGGUCAUGGACUAUUUCAAGGGCGACUUGUACGAUCGAAUUGUGGAGAGUCGACGGCUCCGAGAGAAGGAGUGCGUUCCCAUUUUACACAAUAUUCUAUCGGCGAUUGUUUUCCUGCACAACCGUCAAAUUUUUCACAGGGACAUCAAACCAGAGAAUUUGCUCAUGGACACAGCAGCCCGAGUAGUUCUCACAGACUUUGGCAUUGCCUGCCUGGUCACUGACCGGGCGGAGCUGAAGCGAACAGUGGGGACGGUGGGAUAUGCCGCACCGGAGAUGCUUGCGGGCGAAUCCACUGGCCCCGAGGGGGAUGAAUUUGGUGCUGGUAUCGUCUUGUACUUCAUGCUCUCGAAGUCAACUCCCUUCAUUGCUCCAACGCAUCAAAAGACCAUUGAGAAAACAAUGGAGGGCAAGGUCAAUUUGAACUAUGGAUGCUUCGACCACAUCAGCGAGAACUGCCGGAAGAUGAUCCAUCGCCUAGUUUGCAAGGAUGUCAAGGCAAGGAUCAGAGCAGAUGAAGCUCUCAGGCAGCCUUACUUGAUGUCUCGAGCGAGCAUGACCGAGCCAGUUCUCGAUUGCUCAGUGAUACAGCCCAAAAAGCCACAGCCAAAUCUUCCAAGCAUCAAGGAGUCUAAUGCGGUGCGCACGGACAAAUUUCUGUGUGCCACUCAGGGCAAUCUUCCUCUCUUCCGGCCCAAGUGAGAAGCCGUGUGAGAUUUGGCUGGGGGUUCGACGCCGCAACCGCCACCGGUUGCAGCUGACCGCUCUGCAGUUACUGAGUAGGAAAGCAAGUCGAAGUAAAAUCCAACUGCCCCUUGG